CACAGGGGGUUAUGAUAUGGAAGAAAAAGCAGCGAGAGCUUAUGAUUUGGCUGCACUCAAGUAUUGGGGACCCUCCACUCAUACAAACUUCCCAUUGGAAAAUUAUCAAAAUGAGCUUGUGCAAAUGAAGAACAUGACUAGGCAGGAAUAUGUUGCUCAUUUACGAAGAAAAAGCAGCGGAUUCUCAAGAGGGGCUUCAAUCUACAGAGGAGUAACAAGACACCAUCAGCAUGGAAGGUGGCAAGCCCGAAUUGGAAGAGUGGCUGGAAACAAAGAUCUAUAUCUUGGGACAUUCAGUACCCAAGAGGAAGCUGCUGAAGCAUACGACAUUGCUGCUAUAAAAUUCCGAGGAGUUAAUGCAGUAACUAACUUUGAAAUAAUCAGAUACGAUGUGGAAAAAAUUAUGGCAAGCAAUGACCUUCUUAGCAUAGAACAAGCUAGGAGAAAAAGAGAGGUCAUUGUUAAUAAUAACCAUAAACCAUCUACAUAUGAUGAAGAAUCGAUUCUAAUGCACAAGAGCUGCAAAAACCCUCAGAUCAUGAUGAUUAAUCAUCCACCAACAAUGGCAUUAGAGGAGGAAUCAAGUAGUAAGAUUGGAACACAUAUUUCAAAUGAAGACAAGACAAGUUUGCCAAUUCUCUAUGGAAGACCUUCAACAACAGCAGCCUCUACUAGAUUACUGGCUACCAUUCCAACCGGUUGGGACCAACCACCAUCACAUCUGAGACCUAAUAAGCUUUCCUUGCCUCAGAUGCCAGUUUUUGCUGCAUGGACAGACGCAUAAUCUUAUACAUAUGAUGAGUCAUGUUAUUUACUUCACACUAACGAAACUUAGCUUAAUGGUGGUAACUAAGAAAAGAUUAUGCCUUAUAAUGGGUUCAUACCAAAAUUACAAGUGGAGAGGUUAGUGUUGGCAUGCGCAAGAAAUAGGAAUUUUCCAUAAGUUAGAUGUUGAAAAAAUAUUUCCAAUUUAUUUGUGCUUUUUAGUUUUUUUUUUCUCUCUUGAAAAAAUUGGCAAGCUGUUUUAUGCAUGCAU